CGGGCAAACAUUGACAAAGUCAACAGUUCUUAUGUGUGUGUGUGACUGUAAAACUAGGUGCUUAUGUGUGUGUGUGACUGUAAAACUAGGUGCUUAUGUGUGUGUGUGACUGUAAAACUAGGUGGGGCCACUGAAAAGCCUGCACACCACCAGCCUUGCCUUUGCUCUUGUAAGGGGAAUUAAAAACAAACCGAAACAAAAAAAAACCCGUUCUGUCAGCCCUGUACACAUACGCGCGAGUGUGUGUGUGUUUCUCCGUGUGUGUGUGUGUGUGUUUGUUGCUUUAAUCAACCGUGGGAAUGUGGUGCAGCGGCUUGAUGGAGCCUCCACUGGAAGACCCCCAGGGGGCCCUCAGGGGCCUGAACGAGCGCCUUCAGAGCUUCCUGGAGCACGUGGAGCGCCUGGAGGCGGCCAACCGCCACCUGGAGCAACGCAUCCUGGACUGGGGACGCGAGAACUUGCCGCCACCUCGUGACUGGAGCGCCCAGGAGGGGGUCAUGGAGGACCUAAGGACUCAGGUGAGCCGUUUAAUGACCGAAAAUGCCCAGCUGUCUUGGCAGACUGACUUCCUGAAAGCCAAAGCCUCCCACUUUGAGAAAAGGUAUGAGAUGGAGAAGUGGCAGACGGCUCGUUUGGAGCCACAUAUGAAGGAGAUGAGGGAGACGCUGGGAAACCUGGAGAGAACAAACGCCCUCCUGGACGGGGAGAUCCACCAGCAGACCACUGUGCUUCAGCACACACACAAGGAAUAUGAGGAGUCUCUGACGGAGCACUGGAAGCAGCGGCAGCAGCUGGUCCUCCUCUGCGACGACGUGCUAGCGCGGCAUCUGGCCAGUGAGGAUGGCAGAGAGAUGGAGCUCUCUCAGCUCCUCGACCGCAUCAGGGCACAGUGUGACCGCAUCGGCAGCCACCCGGGCCCAGAACCCAGCCCAACUCGAGUCCCAGGCUUCUCACAGACACCAGGAGGAGGCCUUACCAGCAGUGCAGCAGCAGCAGCUCAUAUCAGAGGAGGAGCUGUCGCACAGAGGCAGGCUGAGGCAGCCUUGGCACAGGUGAGCCAGGGAGAGGUGGCUUUGAAGGAGGCCAGAGAAGAGUUGGCCGAAGCCAGGAGGCAAUGGCACAGUCUGCAAGUGGAGAUAGAGUCCAUGCAUGCUCUGGAGAAAGGUCUGGAGAGCUCCCUGCGCCACACACAGCAGCACUACUCAGAGCAGCUGCAGGACCUGUCGCGGGUCGUACGCGACUUGGAGGGGGAGCUGGGCGAGGUGCGAGGCGGCCUGGCCACCCAGAGGGAGCGGCACAGCGAGCUGCUCAACACCAAAAUGAGGCUCGAGCGCGAGAUCAAGACCUACCGAAAGCUCCUGGACAGCGAGGAGGGCAGGUACCUGGCCCAGAACGGUCAGCUGGGAGGACUGAAGCCCUGGAAAGGUCCCGUCAUGGAGAUCCACCAGAACGGAGUGGAAUUCAGCCCCGAGGACGAGGAGGGGCCAAUCACAGAGGUCCACAUGACUGAGAUUGAUGGGUUCCAGAAGCAUCCAGCAAUACUCCGCAGACAGCAGAGCUUGGUCAUACUGACAGAGCCAGAGAAGAACACGGACGUGAAGAUCGCCACGGUGAAGACCCAGGAGAUCCUGCAGGGCACCGUGGUGCGGGAGAGCGCUGAGGGCCAUGGCACCGUGGAGACUGAGAAGAUUGACAAGGUGAUAAAGCAGUGGGAGGGCUCCUUCUUCCAGGGAAACCCAAAGCUGCGCAAGAAGUCAGUGUCACUGCGCUUCGACCUGCACAUGGCCGUGACGGACGAGGGCUGUGCCCAGACCAAGCAGGACAGUCUGCCUGAUGUGGAGGUGCGCCUGGUCAUGCGCCGGUCCCGCAGCAUCCCCGCCAUCGCCCAGUGAGUCAGGGGGGUGAGGUGUUGAGGGGGUGGGUAGCACCACCUAGAGGACUGGAGAUGUCAUAAGCCCACAAUUGUAGCCACUCACAGCCACUCUCAGAGAGAUGGUCAAGCUGAUGGACUUGACAGUGGACAGUGUGUGGUUGUGGUGAGAUACUGCAGCCUAACACACCACACACACACACACACACACACACACACACACACACAC